GUCUUUUCACUCCAGCUCUGAAAAAAGAAAGUUGAGAGAGAAAACAUGCAUUCUACUUUCUCUCUACUCUCUAGCCUUGUUGUUUGCUUGCUAUUAGCUCUGCCAACUGAUGGGUAUGAUCCUCUCAUCACAAGGGAUAACAGGAAGCCCAUUGUUUCUACAGAGUUUGGUAGGGUUGAAUCAGUUGAGGUUUAUGAUGGUUCAGAGAAAGAGCCUCUUAAUCUUCAGUUUUUCACUCUUGAACCCAGUUCUCUUCUUCUUCCCCUUCUUGUGGAAGCAGACAUGGUGUUCUUUGUGCAAACAGGAAGUGGAAGGGUGAGUUGGGUGGAGAAGGGGGACAUAACUCACAUGGACAUUGCUCGUGGAGAUGUGUACAGACUCCGAUCUGGUUCGGUGUUUUAUGUUCAAAGCAAGACUACUGCCACUGGUGAGAAGCUUAGGCUAAAUGCCCUAUUUACCCGACGAGAUUACGAAGACACUCUGGAUGAAUUCAUAGGCACUUAUGCAAAUCUCAGUGAUGUGGUCUUGGGGUUUGAUAACAAAGUCCUUCAAGCCUCUUUCAAGAUUUCGGAGGAGUUGAUCAAAGAGAUCAAGAGUAGAAAAAAACCCCAAAUGAUUGUUCCUGCCGUAUUGAAGGAAAAGACUGAAGAAGACUCCAAUUGGAAACUAGGGAUUUUAGAAGCAUUGGUUGGAGGGGGUUCACAUGAGGAGAGAAGCAAUAAGAAAAGGAAGCCAUUCAAUGUGUAUAAGAAGGAGCCUGAUUUCAAGAAUCCCAAUGGUUGGACCUUGACUGUGACCCGUAAGGAUUUCCCUCCACUCAAGGGAACAAAUGUUGGUGUGUUCAUGGUUAACUUGACCAAGGGAUCCAUGGUGGGGCCUCACUGGAAUCCAAGAGCAACUGAGAUAGCCAUCGUUACCCACGGCCAAGGCAUGGUGAAUAUUGUAUGCCCCUCCAAAAAGUCACAGUGCCCAAGAACCAGUUUCAAAGUGAAAGAAGGGGAUAUAUUCAUGGUGCCCAAGUUCCACCCCAUGUCUCAGAUGUCAUUUUCCAAUGAGUCUCUCUCUUUCAUGGGCUUCACCACCAUGGCCAAGAAGAACCACCCUCAGUUCAUAGCCGGGAAACUCUCGGUCUUGAACACAUUGGACCCGGACAUCGUUGCAGAGGCCUUGAACUUGCCCAAGAGCUCUGUUCAGGAGCUUUUGUCAUGUCAGAGAGAUGCAAUAAUUCUGCCAUGUACAUAUUGUGCAGAGGAGGAGGAGAGGGCUAUGGAGGAGGAGGUUAGAAAAAGAGAGGAAGAGGAGAGGGAGGCGGCAGCGGCAGCCGCUAGAAAGAGAGAGGAAGAGCGGAAGGAGAGAGAAAGGAGGGAGGAGGCUAGGAGGAGAGAGGAGGAAGAGGUUAGGGAGAGGGAGAGGCAAGAAGAAGAGGAGGCUAGACAGAGAGAGGAGGAAGCGGCUCGAGAAAGAGAGCGGCAGGAAGAGGAAGAGGCUAAACAGAAAGAGGAGGAAGCGGUUAGAGAGAGAGAGCGGCAGGAAGAGGAGGGCAGGCAGAGAGAGGACGAAGAGGCUAGACAGAGAGAGAGAGAAAAAGAGGAUGCCAGGAAAAGAGAAGAGGAGGCAGCAAGAGAGAGAGAGAGGCAGGAAGAGGAAGUAAGGCAGACAGAGGAAGAACAAAGGGAGAGAGCGGCCAUGAGAGAGGAGGAAGGGGGAAGGCCACAUAUGAUUCUCAGAAGCUUUUAAGGUGAAGUCAGAGCAGAGAUAAGAUGAUGCAUGCAGUUGUGUGUGUGUGUGUGAGAGAGAGAGAGAGAGAGAGGGAGGGAUAGAUAGAUGCAAUAAGACCAGUAUUGUAAUUAUUGAGUUUGUGAAUGUGUUUUAGGGUUUUUCCUUUUGGUUAAAUUAAAAUAUGGUUUUUCAUGUUGCAAAAUAUGGGUUUCUUGUUGCAAUCUGUUUAUAUUCUUGUUCGAAGGUGUCCAAUUCAUUCACCAUCAGGUCUACCAUUAUCAUGUAGAAAAGAGAGUAAAUCCUCUGGAGAGAGAGAGGGAGAGAAAG